CUACUUCUAGAUGCCUCCUGGGCCGGCAGCAGCCACUCUUAUUUGUUAUCUCCUGUGGAUUUGUUUUGGGGUGGUUCUGGAAUGGAGCCGGGAUCAGUACCAUGUUUUGUUUGAUUCCUACAGAGACAAUAUUGCUGGAAAGUCCUUUCAGAAUCGGCUCUGUCUGCCCAUGCCAAUCGACGUGGUUUAUACCUGGGUGAAUGGCACAGAUCUUGAACUACUGAAGGAGCUACAGCAAGUCCGAGAACAGAUGGAGGAGGAGCAGAAAGCAAUGAGAGAAAUCCUUGGGAAGAACGCAACAGAACCAACCAAGAAGAGCGAGAAGCAGUUGGAAUGUUUGUUGACAUACUGCAUUAAGGUGCCAAUGCUCGUCCUGGACCCAGCCCUGCCAGCCAGCGUCACACUGAAGGACCUGCCAUCUCUUUAUCCUUCUUUUCAUUCUGCCAGUGACGUAUUCAACGUUGCAAAACCAAAAAACCCUUCCACUAAUGUCUCAGUUGUUGUUUUCGACAGUACUAAGAAUGUUGAAGAUGCCCAGAAUGGAAUGUUUAAAGGAAACAGCAAACAGACAGUUUGGAGGGGCUAUUUGACCACGGAUAAAGAAGUCCCUGGGUUAGUGCUAAUGCAAGAUUUGGCUUUCCUGAGUGGAUUUCCACUGACAUUCAAGGAAACAAAUCAACUAAAAACAAAAUUGCCAGAAAAUCUUUCUUCUAAAAUAAAACUGUUGCAAUUGUAUUCAGAGGCCAGUGUAGCACUUCUGAAACUGAAUAACCCCAAAGAUUUCCAAGAACUGAGUAAGCAGACCAAGAAGAACAUGACCAUUGAGGGAAAAGAACUGACUAUAAGUCCUGCAUAUUUAUUGUGGGACCUGAGUGCCAUCAGCCAGUCUAAGCAGGAUGAAGAUGUUUCUGCCAGCCGUUUUGAAGAUAAUGAAGAGCUGAGAUACUCCCUGCGAUCCAUUGAGAGGCAUGCUCCAUGGGUUCGGAAUAUUUUCAUUGUCACCAAUGGGCAGAUUCCCUCUUGGCUGAACCUUGAUAAUCCUCGAGUGACAAUAGUCACACACCAGGAUGUUUUUCGAAAUUUGAGCCACUUGCCUACCUUUAGUUCACCUGCUAUUGAAAGCCACAUUCAUCGCAUCGAAGGGCUGUCCCAGAAGUUUAUUUAUCUGAACGACGAUGUCAUGUUUGGGAAGGAUGUGUGGCCAGAUGAUUUUUAUAGUCACUCGAAAGGUCAGAAGGUUUAUUUGACAUGGCCUGUGCCAAACUGUGCUGAGGGCUGCCCGGGUUCCUGGAUCAAAGAUGGCUAUUGUGACAAGGCUUGUAAUAAUUCAGCCUGUGAUUGGGAUGGUGGUGACUGCUCUGGUAACAGUGGCGGGAGUCGCUACGUCGCAGGAGGCGGGGGUACUGGGAGUAUUGGAAUUGGACAGCCCUGGCAGUUUGGCGGAGGUCUAAACAGUGUUUCUUACUGUAAUCAAGGAUGUGCUAAUUCCUGGCUUGCUGAUAAGUUCUGUGACCAGGCUUGCAAUGUCUUGUCCUGUGGGUUUGAUGCUGGCGACUGUGGGCAAGAUCAUUUUCAUGAAUUGUAUAAAGUAACACUUCUCCCAAACCAGACUCACUAUGUUAUUCCAAAAGGUGAAUGCCUGCCUUAUUUCAGCUUUGCAGAAAUAGCCAAAAGAGGAAUUGAAGGUGCCUAUAGCGACAACCCAAUAAUUCGACAUGCUUCCAUUGCCAAUAAGUGGAAAACCAUCCACCUCAUAAUGCACAGUGGAAUGAAUGCAACCACAAUACAUUUUAAUCUCACGUUUCAAAAUACAAACGAUGAAGAGUUCAAAAUUCAGAUAAUAGUAGAGGUUGACACGAGAGAGGAACCCAAAGUGAAUUCUACAACCCAGAAAUCUUACCAAAAUUUGGUUAGCCCCACGACACUUCUACCAGAGGCAGAAAUCCUGUUUGAAGAUAUUCCUGAAGAGAAACGCUUUCCAAAGUUCAAGAGACAUGAUGGCAACACAACAGGAAGAUUCCAAGUGGAGAUGACAAUUCCCCAAGUGAAUAUUUCACUCCUUCCGAAAGAGGCCCAGUUGAGUCUCAGUAACUUGGAUUUGCAACUAGAACGUGGAGACAUCACUGUGAAAGGGUACAACCUGUCCAAGUCAGCUUUGCUGAGAUCAUUUCUGAAGAACCUACCAGAUGCUAAAAUAAAAAGAAAUCAAGCUAUAAUAACAGAUGAAAGAAAUGACAGUGUAGAGGCCCUGCUGGAAAAACAGGUUCACAAAAGCAUCUUGCCAUAUAGCUUGGGAACAUUUGAAAGAUUACAGAAGUCAACUUUUCCAGCAGCAACAAUAAAAGUGAAUGGCCACUACCAGAGUCCGAAUCCACCCCCAGACUUAGAAAUGGAAGGCACAUUUAGAUCUGAAAUUCUGAUCCAAGAAGUAAGAGGCGAAAGUGUGUCAAAAGAAAAACUCUCAUCUCGAAUUGUUCCACUGCAAGACCAGAUGACAAAAGAAAAAAUCACAGGGAAAGAACAAGAGAAACACAGAAUGGAGGAAAAUGUGAACAAUUAUAUCGGUGUUAAUGAAGUAUUACCUGGCAGAAAACUGCAGCAUCACGCAGACAGUUACCUGGGCUUUUUGCCAUGGGAGAAAAAAAAAUAUUUCCAAGAUCUUCUUGAUGAAGAAGAGUCAUUGAAGACACAGUUAGCAUACUACACUGAUAGCAGACACACUGGGAGGCAACUAAAAGAUACAUUUGCAGAUUCCCUCCGAUAUGUAAAUAAAAUUCUUAACAGCAAGUUUGGAUUCACAUCUCGGAAAGUCCCUGCUCACAUGCCUCACAUGAUUGACCGAAUCGUUAUGCAAGAGCUUCAGGAUAUGUUUCCUGAGGAAUUUGACAAGACGUCAUUUCACAAAGUGCGCCAUUCUGAGGAUAUGCAGUUUGCCUUUUCGUAUUUUUAUUAUCUCAUGAGUGCAGUUCAGCCACUGAAUAUAUCUCAAGUUUUUGAUGAAGUUGAUACAGACCAAUCUGGUGUAUUAUCUGACAGAGAAAUCCGAACACUGGCUACCAGAAUUCAUGACCUGCCUUUAAGUUUACAGGAUUUAACAGGUCUGGAACACAUGCUAAUAAAUUGCUCAAAAAUGCUUCCUGCUAAUAUCACUCAGCUAAGCAGUAUUCCACCAACUCAGGAAGCCUACUAUGAUCCCAAUCUGCCACCAGUCACUAAGAGUCUAGUAACCAACUGUAAACCAGUAACUGAUAAAAUCCACAAAGCAUAUAAGGACAAAAACAAAUAUAGGUUUGAAAUCAUGGGAGAAGAAGAAAUUGCUUUUAAAAUGAUUCGUACCAAUGUUUCUCAUGUGGUUGGCCAGUUGGAUGAUAUAAGGAAAAACCCCAGGAAGUUUGUUUGCCUGAAUGACAACAUUGACCACAAUCAUAAAGAUGCCCAGACAGUGAAAGCUGUUCUCAGGGACUUCUAUGAGUCCAUGUUCCCCAUACCAUCCCAGUUUGAGCUGCCAAGGGAGUAUCGAAACCGUUUCCUCCACAUGCAUGAGCUGCAGGAAUGGAGAGCAUAUCGAGACAAAUUGAAGUUUUGGACUCAUUGUGUACUAGCAACAUUGAUUAUGUUUACUGUAUUCUCAUUUUUUGCUGAACAGUUAAUUGCACUAAAGCGGAAGGUAUUUCCGAGAAGGAGGAUACAGAAAGAAGCUAGUCUCGAUCGAAUCAGGGUAUAGAAGAUCUUCAUUUGAAAAUCAUCUACCUCAGCAUUCACUGAGCAUUUUAAAACCCGGCAUCACAGAGAUGUCUUCGUGACAUCAGCCAGCUUGGCCUGAAGAAGGAAAAGCAUCCAGUACAAUACUUGUUUUGUGGUGUGAAUAUAGCCUACUGACCAGUAAUUGUUUAACCAAGACAUGGAAAACUUGUGUGUUGAGCAGCUCUGGACUGGUUUUACUUUUAAAGCAUUUGCUCCUGGACCCAUCAUUCUUUUACUGAAAAGGCUCACUGACAAGAGACAGCUGCUGAGUUCCCAUAGCAAUCAUUGCCCAUUAACUUUCACAUGAGAAGCCUUGGCUAGCUUGGGAGCCAUUGCUAAGAGAACCCAGUCUUUGCAUUCCAAAGCCUUUUGCUGUGGUUUUACAUUUUUGGGUUUUUUUGUUUUUGUUUUUCCCAUUUCCUAUUUUUAAAAUCAGUAGCUACUAAGUUAACUAGUUACCCUUGCUUCCGAAAAUAAUGAAUUGGGAUGUCUAAACACAUUUUUAUAGAUGUUAUUUAAAUAAUGCAACAAUACCACCUCCUACUGGAAAUACCUAAAUUAUGGAUUUUAUUAACAUUUAAGACUGUAAGUGGUCAACUACUGAGGAGAUCAAUGACUGACAUCUGAAGUACUUUGUGCUUGUUUACUUCAGCCCCUAAGAAUGUGAUUUCAUGUGCAGGCCUAAUUACAAAGGGCUAGAGUUAAGUAGCAGAGCUACCUUUCAGAUGUAAUUAUGUUUUGGAAAUGUACAUAUUCAAACAGAAGUGCCUCAUUUUAGAAAUGAGUAAUGCUGAUGGUACUGGCACAUUACAGUGGUGUCUUUUUUAAUACUCAGUAUAAUUCUAGUAGCCAUCUCUUUCAGCUGGUUUCAUAUAAUGCAGGGGUCAGCAAACUUUCUGUAACAAGCCACAUAGUAAAUAUUUGCAGGCCAUAUGUAUCUCUGUUGCAUAUUCUUCUUUAUUGUUUAGGUGUUUUAUUUUUUUUUUAACCUUUAAAAAUGUCAAAACCGUGUUUAGCUUGCAGCUGUACAAAAACAGGCCACCAGCUGAAUUUGGCCCAUAGGCCAUUGUUUGCUGACCACUGGGAUAGAGAACUAGUAUUUUUAUGUAUGAGUAAGCCCUGAUGUUCAGCUCUAUUUUAUUUAUAUCAUUAUAUGGUGGAUUUCUGGAGACCAGAUUCCGUAAGUCCUUUUUGAACUCUAACAGGUAUUUUAGAUCAUGAUCUCAACAGUAUUCUUUCAAAAUGGCACACAUAUUUUGUAAAAAAAAAACUU